UCCCAUAACGAACGCACCAUGACACCUAAACUGGGCGACGCUCCCCUGACGAACGCACCAUGGCGAGCUGUCAUUUGUUUUCAAUCGCACGCGUGUUCGAUCCUGUUUGUGUUGACGGUGUUUGCUAAAGUUUUGGAGGAAAACCGGAUUUUCCGCGUUGAGGCGGUCGUUUUAGCCAAUUGGCCACAUCCGGCGAUUGGCAAUCAAGUUGCCGAACGCGGUUCUAGUGUCGGUUGGUCGGAUGAUCGAACUGGAGCGGCUCCGGGAUGGCGAAACUUUGGGGACUUCUUCCACACGUUUCCGGCAGAAAAAAUCUGCGGGUCAUCGAUCCGGAAAAGUAAACUUGAAAUUGUAAACCAUUUUGGGGGCUUAUUUCACUAAGGAUUGUGCUUCUCGAUUACGCGAAUGUCUAUCCCAAUUACGAAGCAGUUGAUCCGGCACCGGCGACGGAUAGGUAUUCCGAAUAAUUUCAAACAGUGCGGAUUGAAGCGGAAUAACAAAAGAAAACGCCAUAGAAAGAAAGUGAAGUGAAGUGAAAUAAAAAUUCAAGAAAAAGAUAAAAAUACACUAAAACUUACUGUUUCACCUUUAAUUUCAAUGUAUAAAUAUAUGUUUUACAGUACAAUUUAGUGGAGAGAAAAAAAAUAAAUAUCAUAAAAAUACAAUAAAACUUACUGUAGUUAUUAUUUAUUUCAUUGUCCGAUUAUAGUUUUUACAAUAUCAUUUAGUAUGGGAAAAUCCAUGAAGAACUGUGAAUUUACUGUGCAAACCAUAGUAAUGGUUACUGUAUUUAUUAUAGAUGCAUGAUGUUUUCUAUGGUUUGGGUCAAUUUUUUGACGGAAAAGGCAUCAAUGAAAAUACGGUAGAAUGUAUAGUAUUUGUUUUUUUUUUGUAUGGGGAAAAGUCGAAAUUUUUAUGGUGACUGUGCCUAAAAAUACCCCUUUUUUAUAGUAAAUUCCCAAAAUAAGAUAUAUUCUAUGGUGAAAAAACAUAAAGGCUACUGUAGAAUCAUGGUAAAAAUAACCAUAGAAUUUAUCGUGUGAUAACCAUAAAAUCUACUGUUGGUUUAUAGUAAAUCUUUAUGCGGGCACCCUCAAUUCAGAUGGUCGAACUUUAUGAAAAAUGGUAGGGUACCAUUUCCGAUAUGGUAUUUUUAAGGUUUUCCUACCAUUUUUCAAAUAGUGGUUACGAUCUCUGAAAUGGUGAGAAAACCAUUUAACAAAAAGUUUUUUUAUAGUUCUCGUUUAUGCGGGAUGAUUUCGUUGGAGGAUGACAACAAAAAGGCAUCACCACUCUGCCGCUUUCCAGUGCUCUUGUAAUCCAGGUGACUAAUCUUCGGUAAGCCUUCUGGACGUGAUUCUGACCAGCAUCAGCAGCAUCCGUACGAAACCGGGAAGCGCACGCGGGACGAACACGGGAAGCGUACCUACCUACCGUACAGACAUCGGCACCACCCCGCGCAGUCUCGGCACGCCACGGCCUACGAAUGGACCUGCACCGCCGUCAACGGCAAUGAUCUGCUGAAGGCGAUCGCAGCUGUACGAUGGCUCUUGCGUCAGCAAGAGCCACCCACGUCUUCGCAGGAAGUUCCGGAAGUUGAUGCGGUACUGAAGAAUAUUGAGAACGCAACUGAAGAACCCCAAGAUUUCUCAUUCCUCUUUUCUUUCAGCUUAGACGACCAUGUCCGGCGAGCAGAACGCGGUCCCACGAGCUCGUGGACAUGGACAGAAACAGGAGAUUUGUUCUUGAUCAACCGGGGCGGCGGAUGCACCGAAUAAAGAGACGGCAUGCGGAAGUGGUUUUAACAAAGGUGCGCAGGCUCGAUGGUGCCCACAUUUGGAAAUGUUCCGGUCUCGCCGUUGUUGAGAAGAGAAGUUCCGGGAGAAGCGAGUUUUGCUGAAGAAUUACGAUCGGAAGAAGAGAAAAAAAGGAGACAAUGGAGCAGGUCCGGAAUCGCUACGUGAAGGCAAGAGGAGAGCGAUAAAACGAGGGAUACGAUAAGAAGCUACGUAUCUGAAGGUAGAAUAAUCGGUAGUUUGUUGUAAUAUUCUUUUUUUAGCUAAAAGUUCUCUUUAUCAAGAUUCAAAUGUAAAAACCUCCCGGCUGGUCUUGCGAUGAAACGAUAUCGUAGUGCAUUUAGAGACGCUCAGCUCCAAACGAUUCAACGCACACCAGUUGGCAAAUUUGUCUAGGCGGGACUGCAGUCUGUAGCAAUCAGGUAAGUUGUCAAUAGCGAGGAAGAUCGUUGAAGAGAGAGUUGGAGUCGUUGAAGAAAGUGUUGUGCAACAUUGAUGUGCAACGAUUAUGAUACAGGCUGCAACAACUCGGACGGUACUGGACUGACCAUGGGUACACUGUAGAUCAACAGCAGCUUUGUGUAGCGAACCUAAUUUCCUACUUAUACUCACAUCCUCAUCCACGCUCAGACAUUAUUUUAUAAUCCAAACGUACCCGCCUAGCAACAAGGCUGGUGAGGCAUCACUAAAGCCAGAGGUCCGUCUCUCCACUACUCUCUCUUUAGAACAGACAAAAGAGAAAGAGAGAGAGAGAGAGUUAAGGAGGCUCUCACUUAUUGAUUAAUUUCACCAGGUAGUAACCUUGACAUUCCUGUCCUCGGUUGACUCGGACCCGCACACGUCGGCGACACCUUUCCUCUCCCUCACCCUUACCGAUUCUAUAAUUCCCAGGAAAGUGCGCAACUCUAAUAAAGCACACCUCUUAUUAAGUCCUCGGCCCUGGUUCCAUAUGCAUUUGGGCUGGGACGUCAUCUCGCCUGACGAUAGCACACAAGGGCAUCAAUUUAUGAAGGGAGGUCAGGGAUAAGCAAGUCCGGUAGCAAGUGCGCUUCGGACUAUGACGUCACCGUUCGGUGUUUGGGGCAGGUCAAGGCCAAGAGGUUCAAACGGAGAAAAGACCUCUCGCCUGGGGAUGAUACCCGGGGAAUAGGUAACGAGACCUCCAAGUUACUCAUCUUCUGGGAAACUAAAAAGUUGCUGGUACUCAUGGGCUCCUAAUACAUCAAAUCCACACAUAGGAUCCCAAGCGACAUCUAAGUACAGCGCCCCGGGUCCAAAGGUGAAAAACAACAAUGGAAAUUUCCACUAACUUGAUCGUGGGAAAGUCCAAAGAUCACUUAGUAGUGGAAAUUUCCGAUACCUUUGGAAUGUCCACGCGCUCGCGGUUAUUGACCGGAACCAAGGUCACUUCCCCUCCAAUUAUCGAGAGAACCGAUAUUUUAGUACAAAUGAGUGGGUAUGGAAUGCUAAUCUCGACCUUAGUAUAAAUAGUGAUCGAAAGGACUCCAUUAAUUAGUUAUUCAGUUAUUGAGUUAUUCGGUUAUUCAGUUUAUUCAGUAGGCUAGUUCUGAUCCUUAAAUUGUGGAAACAGUAGAUCCUUGAAUUGUGGAAACAGUAGAUCCUUAAAUUGUGGAAACAGUAGAUCCUUGAAUUGUGGAAACAGUAGAUCUUUGAAAUUGUAAUUGUAUUUGUGCAUCAAUAAAAUAGAAGAGGAAAGUUGA